ACCACUUUAUUUGUUGAACACUUAGAGAAGAUGUUGGGAGUAUAGCAUAGUGUGUGUGUUUCACCAUCCUUCUUAGUAAAGCUUCAUAUCUAUCUGCUGUAUGAAUUAGGAAUGAUUCUGUUUCAGGCAAGCAGUGGAGUCCUCAAAGAGUCCUGACAAUUGGUCAAGGUUGCCUAGUUGGAUAAUGCCUGUUUCUACUGAAGACAGAAACAUGAUCUGGGGACCUGGAACAAAAACUUGAUGAAGCAGAACUGUAUUGACUCACAGACAGCCUAAGAGUAAGCCUACUGUGAGGUUCUGAAGUGCUAGAUUCCUCCUUCCUGGCUCAAUUCCAAAUAUCCGAGCUGUGAGAAAAGGAAAACAGCAAGGGGUGCUGAACCUGUUGAAUCCAUAUUAAAAAAAAAAAAAAAAAAGCUGAAGUCUGAUGCCAGCUGGGCAGAGCAGCAGUGGUAGUAGCUACACUCUCUCAGAAAGAAACAAAUAGUAAGAUACACACGCGCGCGCGGGCUGCUUUUUCUCAGACUUCUCUGUUUGGGCUGCUUGUUGGAAAGUGAAAUCCGCACUAAGGGUUUUUUUAUUCCAGUUAAUCCUCCCUGUCAACACCCUGGCAGAUAUGCACCGUGCGUCUCCUAAGUGAUUCUAAAUAAAGUCAGGCUGAUAAAACCAACCAUCAUAUCCCCCUUGCCGUGAUCUUUUAAAUACCCAGUCACUAGCUCUUUAAACUCCUACCUCACCACAGCCACCAUACUUGAAACGAGAAGGCCUAUGAAGCUGCUGUCGCUCUCAAGGAUUUACCAGUAUGUUCAUCCACUGCCUGUUGACACUUCAUGAAGUAUUCUUGUAUGUCAAAUAGAGUUUUUGACCUAUAAUUGAUAGGUAAUUUGUUUGUUUGAUAUAUACAAGUUGAUGACUUUGUAGACAUCCCAUUACUAUACUAUCAAGGUAACAGAUCGUCAUCACCUCUAAAAAUUACUUUGUGCCUUUUACUUUUUUGUUGAAGUUUUUAAUGAGGGUAUAUAACAUGAACGUUGCUUCAAACCUUUAAGUUCCUAACACCAGGCUGUUGUCUGGAGGUGACAGGCUGCGGGUGGAACUCUAGGCUAGACUGACUUUGUAUAACUGAAAUUUCUUUUAAUUUUUUUUCUAUUGACACAGUCAUUCAUUCAUCAGUCUGGAGAGUAAUUCAUCUUUACUAGAAAGGUAAACUUCUACCUUCUCCUUAAGAGAUAACAUGUGUCCUUCAUCUCCUAAUAGUCUGUAUUAUUUCUGCUCUUUAUCUAUCAUGUCAUUAGCCCAUCCCCAGGCUUCUAUCCAUUGAGAGCAUGGGUAGAAAAUAUGGCCUGAAAUCAUUGUCCAAUUAGAUGCCUUAUUCCAGCACUGUGAAUUGAUGGACCUGGGGGCUCUCAUCAUUGUCAGAAGUCUCCAAUAGACCAUGGUGCUCAUUCCUACUGAGCCAGUCAUUCUCAGAUCCUUUUGUAAACUGACGCUCCAGGCAACCCUCACCAAUCAAUACAGAAUAGGAUGUGAACUUCUUUUCAUCAAAAGGUUCCAUGAGAACAGGGAGAAGGCAAGCCGUAUCCUGGGAGAAGAUUGUUUGUGAUGUGUACAACAAAAGAUCAGCACCUAGACUGUACACAGAGAGCCUAGAAAGAAAGAAAAUAAAUGGUAUAGUUGCUACCUUUAUUCUAGAAAGAUCUGAAGAGGGAAGCUAGCCUUAUGUUUCCUGUUUGAUGUCAACACAGCUGUGGGUGGGGCUGAUGGCCCCAUCUGGGUUCUGCUCUCCUGCUUUGUCCUUGAGCCACAGGAGCAUAUACUUCUGCUGACAUCUUCAUGUUCCCAUGAAUGGCAGGCCAGGGCUUCCAACUGAUGUGGCUUCUUCUUGGCCUCUAAACUCAUGAAAUAGGCAAGGUCCUUAAAAGUCCUGGAACCACACAAGAGAGCCACCAAGGGAUGAUCCCCUGAACAAAAAGCACUGAUCCAGAUGCCAGACAUUCUGACAAGAAAAUCUUCUGGUUGUUUCUCAUAUCAGCUAGGAUUUGGACCAUAACAUAGAAGACACCUGGUGAACGCAGCUGAGGCCAUUUAGCUGAUUCCUUACUGAAGUGCUGUGCCUUUAAUGGCUGAGUUGAAGAUUCCUCUCAUUUGCCAGAUGCCAAGGACAAUGAACAACCAGGGCAACAAAAGGACAACAAAAGAAGGAUUUGGUGAUUUGAGAUUCCAGAACUUCUCUCUGCUGAAAAAUAGGUCAUGGCCACGCCUCAGCAGUACCAAAGGCCGGUGUCGGGCGGUUCUCGAACCUCUUCCGGAUCAUAGAAGGAACUUGGCUGCAGUCCUGGAUGGAGGAAAAUGCCACAGUGAUGAUGACUAUGAAGAUCCUGAGCUCCAGCUGCUAAAGGCAUGGCCAUCGAUGAAAAUUUUACCAGCCAGACCUAUACAGGAAUCAGAAUACGCAGACACACGCUUCUUCAAGGAUAUGAUGGAGGCUCCCCUUCUGCUACCCCCCAAGGCUUCUGUUCCCAUUGGGAAGCAAAUCUGGAAUAUAGGGAUGAGGCGACAGGAAGAAGUCUUUUACAGGGACAAGCCCAUCUCCAAGGAUGUCAGAAGCCAACACUUUAAAGGAUUCAAAUACACAGAGGUGAACAAGAUUCCUGUGCCACCUCCACGGCCUGCCAUCACCCUCCCCAAGAAGUAUCAACCCUUACCUCCGGCACCACCAGAGAUCAGUGCACACUUUCCUCCAAGAAAUAUCAUUCCAGAAGUCCAGAGGGGGCUCAGGCAGAUCAGCUCAAAAGACUUCGGUAAGGUCCUUGGAGCAGAAGAAGGAUCUUAUCACCAGACAAAGCCAGGACCUUCUCGCCCAUCACAAAACCAAAACACUCAGGGGAGUCCACCUGACAUCACCAGCUCUUCCUACAUGCCAGCAAAGCACACUGUACACGUCAGAGACCAUACAGGCAUCAUGCAACACUGUCCUCAGAGAUGCCAAGCUGCAGCCAGCCACAGCCCUCAUGAUCGUGUGCUGCCCUAUGAAAACACAAACACGGAGAAACCUGUCCCCACCAAGCCUGAUGAAAAGGAUGUCCAGCAGAAUGAAUGGUACAUUGGAGAAUACAGUCGCCAGGCAGUGGAAGAGGUGCUGAGGAGAGAGAACAAGGAUGGUACCUUUUUGGUCCGAGAUUGUUCCACAAAAUCCAAGGCAGAACCCUAUGUUUUGAUGGUGUUUCAUGGAAACAAAGUCUACAAUGUGAAAAUUCGUUUCCUGGAGAGCAAUCAGCAGUAUGCUCUGGGGACAGGACUCAGAGGAAAUGAGAUGUUUGAUUCUGUGGAAGACAUCAUCGAACACUACAAGUAUUUUCCCAUUAUACUAAUAGAUGGGAAAGACAAGGCUGGUGUGCACAGGGAACAAUGCUACCUCACCCAGCCACUGCCUUUCAGCAGGUGCUUCCUGACUCAGUACUCUAGCCAGGCACUUCAUGAGUAAGCAGCCCAGCCAGCUAUUUCCACAUCAGCAUCCUGGACCUUAUCUCAUCCUCGGCCCAGUGGAGUCAGUGCUUCUACCAUCUGCAUUUGUCUCAAAUUAUAUUGUCUGUGUCUUCAAGGGAUGACUUUUUUGACUCUGUAAAAAAGAAAAAUACUCUGUAAUGGAACUUGAGAGCUCAAUUAUGCCUUGAAAGCUUGAGUCAUAGAAGACAUCUGUGCAACAUGAAAAAUAGCAAACCUAGGUUUUGAAAAUAAUUUUCUGAACAGAAAACUACAGACAUGGCUAUCACACAUUAGCGAUGAGUAGCUGAUACAACAAAGAUCUGACAGUUUCAGUGUCUGCAGCAGGUGUGAGAUCUCCAAACUGCUACUCGGUACAGGUCAUCAGGCUGACCUUCUUUCAAAACGUCUUGCCCUAGGAUGCUAAUUUCUGGAUGGUCCUAUAUGCUAAAGAUGACAGUGAAUGUUAGUUCACUCUAUUUAUCUGUAAUCCUAGAUGUUCAAAUACAGGGAAGAGAUGUGGCAUGAGGAAAAAAGUCCUGGUGAAUACCAGCUUGGAGAUAGAGAAGAAAUAUGUGGACUGUGAUGUGAAAUGGCCACAGAGCCAGACUUCAGCCUACUCUAUGAACAGUGACUUCAAUGGAACUAGCAGAUCCAUAGCAAGGAACACAGAGCUCAUCUGAACCAUAAAGCAAGCAUUCAUUUGAGUAACAGUGAAAAUGUUUUGAAUAGUUUAAUGAUGCAUUUCCAUUCACAGGAAGAGAAUAACUGUCCUCAAAAGAGUACUGAUUCUUAUAACAGCAUAGCACAUCAUGAUAUUGUCUCUUCUCAGGCAAAAAAGAUUUGCAUGUUCUCCUACUUCAUAACGCAGAUGAAGCAGGGUCAUUCAAAGGUCUCAUUUAGUAUAAGAAGUGAGCCUGGACUAUAACCCAACUUGACUGUUCCAUGACACUGCAUCAACUCAGAUAUACUCUCUACUCUAUGGACUUUUAUAAUUGAGCUAUGAACUUUUAUAAUUAAAGCUACACUUUAAAAAUACAUAUUUAUCCACAUUAAA